AUAAAUGUCAAAAACAGGUGACGGACUACCUUUUCAAGGUUAUGUUUUUAAAAGUUUUCCUUGGUGCCAAACUAAUCUCUUAACUGUGUUCGUAACGUGUACUAUAUGUUUCCGUCGAAAUAUAUAGGCUAUUUUUCGAUAGUGAUAACAAUUUUCCAGUGCACAACAUAACCUAAAAAUUGGAUCAAAACAAACACUACUCUGAAAUGGCUACAAAGUUCGACGCAGCGGCUUAUAAUUUCCGUAAGAAACUACCCUUUGUCAGUAAAGACUUAUUAAGAUGGUUCCCAGGACAUAUGAACAAGGGUAUGAAACAGAUGCAGAGAAAAUUAAAGUCUGUUGAUUGCGUUAUAGAGGUACACGACGCUAGAAUACCUUUUUCUGGUCGAAAUGCGAUGUUUACUAGCACUUUACUGGGAGCAAAACCUCACAUACUGGUCCUAAACAAGAAAGAUUUAACGGUGAAGUCAUUAAUACCUAAAAUAAAGGACAAAUUGAAGUCAGAACAGAAUAUACAGAACAUAGUAUUUACGAAUAGCAAAGACCAACACUGCCGUGGUGUUAAGACGCUAAAACCGUUGCUGGUCGACUUAAUUAAAGGCUCGAAUAGAUACAACAGAAGUGAGGAGUUAGAUUACAAUGUUAUGAUCAUUGGGGUACCGAAUGUUGGCAAGUCAUCGCUGAUCAACAUGAUGAGGUCUACGUAUAUGAACACCAGGCAUGUCCUGCCCGUGGGAGCUGUUGCUGGAGUCACAAGAAGCGUUCAGACCAAGAUGAGAAUCAACAAUGACCCGAAAAUAUUCAUGUUCGAUACUCCAGGCAUCCUGGAACCAUCAGUAUCAGAUGUGGAGAUGGGCCUGAAGUUGGCCCUGUGCGCGUCACUGCAAGACCAUCUUGUCGGUGAGGAGACCAUAGCAGACUACCUAUUGUUCUGGCUAAAUAGUCACGGGCACUUCAACUAUGUUGAGUACAUGGGGUUGGAGGAACCGUGUGACGAUAUUAAUAAGGUCCUCAUAGCUGGAGCUUUGAAGUUCAACAGGAUCCGAAGAACUCGGAACUAUGACAACACGAUGAGGGACGUACCGGACCUGAUGGAGUCAGCGAGAACUAUGAUCAAGGCGUUCAGAACUGGAGAACUCGGGAAGACCUUUCUAGACAUUGACAUGUUACAAUUUGAUAAAGAACUGGAUAAAAGAGAGCAUGAACGACAAUUAGCGUAGAUAGAGUUUGCAAUAAGAUAGUUGUACAAUUAGCGUAGAUAGAGUUUGCAAUAAGGUAGUUGUUUAUCUAUUCAACACAAGCUCACGACUAUAUCCCAAUCGGGAUAGUCAGUACCAUCGCAAGAUGAACUAACCCAUACCUCACUGAGCUUUCUAUGACCAACGUGAGAGGUGGUGAGCCGUAUCGCCGUCUAUAAUGGUCGAGACAAAUUCAAGGAUAAUAAAGAUCUUUAUAAUU